AGAGACAACGUGAUCACUAGUUUCCGGUCGGGUGAUAUCUGGGUGUUGAUCUGUACGGCCCUGCUGGCCCGAGGAAUGGACUUUAAGGGUGUCAACCUGGUGCUGAACUACGACUUCCCUACCAGCGCUGUGGAAUACAUCCACCGUAUCGGUCGUACUGGCAGGGCUGGACGCACAGGGAAAGCUGUCACCUUCUUCACCGAGGAUGACAAGCCUCUUCUACGCAGUAUUGCCAAUGUGAUCAAGCAGGCAGGUUGUCCUGUCCCUGGCUACAUGGUUGGUUUUAAAAAGAUACACAGUAAGGCGAAACGGCAGCUCCAGAAGAAACCACCGAAGAGGAGCACUAUCCGUACCACCCCUCAAUUUGUACCGACGAAGGGAAAAGGAGGGGAGAAGACUGGAGGAGGAGCGGAAGGACAGAAGAAAACAAAGAAGAAAGGAGGACUUGGAGGACCAAAGAAAGGAGUUGACGGACAGGAGACGAAGGGAGCUAAAGGACAGAAGUCGUCUGUUGGAGGCCAGUCUAAGGUCCAGGGGACGAGGAAAAAGAAGAAAGGAAAGAAGAACUGAAGACAGGCAGAUGGAAGGAAGGAGAAGACCGAUAGAGAUGGGAAGACAGGCAGAUGGAAGGAAGGAGAAGACCGAUGGGAAGACAGGCAGAUGUGUAUGAUAUUACUGUUCUGUUGCUUACAGUGUGAAUUGUAUUUCUUGGACAUUCUAAUAAAAACAGUUGAUUUAAUUAA